AUGACAGUCCCUACCUUGAGGAUAGGCGUCGACGUCGGCGGAACAAACACAGAUGGCGUCAUCCUCGAUCCAUCCUCCUCCUCCCCUUGCCUCGGCAUCCUCGCCACCCAAAAGACCCCAACAACACCCAACCCAAGCACCGGCAUCACAACCGCAAUCUCGCACAUGUUCUCAACCUCCAAUAUCCCCCCCUCCCGCAUCGCAAGCGUCACAAUCGGCACAACGCACUUUAUCAACGCCGUAGUAGAACAAGACGCCUCCCGCCUCGCCCCCGUCGCCGUCAUCCGCCUCUGCGGUCCCUUCUCCGCAUCCAUCCCCGCCGGCGUCGACUGGCCUCCUGCCUUGCGCAACAUCAUCUGUGCCCACCGCUCUCUGGUGGACGGCGGGCUGGAGAUUGACGGUGACUUGAUUGCGGAGCUCGAUGAAGAUGCCGUGCGGCGCGAGGUGAAGGUUAUCCGCGCCAAGGGAAUUAGGAGUGUUGUCGUUGUGGGGGUUUUCAGUCUCAUUGACGUCGUGUACAGACAAGAAGAGAGGGCGGCGGAGAUUAUUCGUGAUGUUUAUCCCGGAGCUGAUGUGGUGAUGUCAAAGGAUGUGGCGAAUAUCGGGUUCCUUGAGCGUGAGAACGCGGCUAUUCUCAAUGCUUCCAUCCUUCCAUUUGCUAGACGAACCAUCCGCUCCUUCCAGGAUGCCGUUACGCAGCUAGGCCUCACCUGCCCCGUCUUCGUGACGCAGAACGACGGGACCAUCCUGCCGGCGGCGGCGGCGGCGCGGUUGCCCAUCAGGACAUUCUCCAGCGGACCGACGAAUAGCAUGCGAGGUGCGGCGUUCCUCACUAGGAAUUUGGAGGGAGAAAAGGAGGGUGCGGGCCCGAUGAUGGUUGUCGAUAUCGGAGGGACAACGACGGACGUGGGUUUGUUACUGGCCAACGGGUUCCCCAGGCAAGCGGCAGCCUACAGCGAGAUCGCGGGGGUGCGGACGAACUUCUCGUACCCGGACGUCAAGAGCAUCGGUCUCGGCGGCGGAUCUAUCGUCAAGAAAGACGAGCGCACCGGCGAGAUGAUGAUCGGGCCACAGAGUGUGGGAUAUGAGAUCCAAACAAAGGCUCUCGUUUUCGGCGGCGAUGUUGCGACGGCUACGGAUUAUACUGUACUCGCAGAUCCAGACACCGUUGAUAUCGGAGACCGGUCUCUCGUUGAAGGUGUGAACGGCCUCGCUGAUGACUUAUCGGCGUUCGAGGCCAAGGUGAAGACGAUGCUGGAGCGGAUCGUGGACACGAUGAAGACCUCGCCCGAGGACAUUCCCGUCGUUCUCGUCGGCGGGGGUGCGGUUAUUGCGCCGGAUGAGUUGAAGGGAGCGAGUAGGGUUAUAAAACCUGCAUGGUCUGAGGUUGCGAAUGCAAUUGGGGCUGCGACGGCAAGGGUUAGUGGUGUCGUGGACGCAAUUGAGAGUACUAAUCUGAAGACUGUGUCUGAAGUUGUGGAGGCGUUGUCGCGGAGGGCUGUUGAUCGGGCUGUUGAGAAUGGUGCUUUGAGGGAGAGUGUGACUAUUGCUGAGGUGGAAAGUUUUCCGUUGCAGUAUAUUGCAAACAAGUCGCGAAUCAACAUCAAAGCCGUAGGAGAUUUCGACUUUUCCAGAACAGCGUCACUGGACACAACCACGAUCCCAGACGACACCGAGAACUACGACGAAGAAAUACCUAGACCACCGGCACCGCCUCGAAGCGAGGGAAUCCCAUCACCGCAACCCUUGGUCUACACAAAAGACUACAUUGAGGGCUACAAGCCAAAGGUCCUCGACCGCCAAUGGCAUCUCUCCGAAACAGACCUCGACUGGAUCACGACAGGCUGCUACAUCCUCGGCACUGGAGGCGGCGGCUCCCCCUACCAGCACAUGCUCCGCCUCCGCGAAAUGAUGCGCGCAGGCGCCACCGUCAAGAUCAUCUCCCCCUAUGACCUCAAGGACGACGAUAUUGUGGCCUGUGGCGGCGGAAAGGGGUCGCCGCAGGUAUCCAUUGAGAAGCCGUAUGGGGAUGAAAUCAUGGAGUCGCAGAGAGAACUCUACUCAUACCUCAAAACGAAGCCUACGGCCGUGAUAUCCCUCGAGAUUGGAGGUGGCAACGGCCUGCAGGGCCGCAUCCUCGGCGCCAGUACAAACCUCGAUAUCCCGACAGUGGACGGCGACUGGAUGGGUCGCGCGUAUCCCAUCUCCCACCAAACUACGCCAGUAGUCUUCGAAAAGAAAGCGACGAUGAUUCCGUCGUGUAUAUCAGACGGGAACGGCAGAAUCAUGCUCAUGACAAAAGCCCGCACAGAACUCGACGCAGAACGCGCCUUCCGCGCCGCCCUCUCGCAAAUGGGCUCUCACGUAGGCUGCGCAAAGGGCCCUGUCAGCGGCCGCGAUACCAAGUCCUGGGUCGUCGAGAACACCGUCUCGCUCUCCUGGCGGAUUGGUCGCGCCGUAGCGAUGGCGCGGUGUACCAAUGCCAUCGACACAGUCGCCGAGGCCGUUGUGGACGUGGUUGGCGGGCAGGAGUCAGCGAGGGUGCUGUUUAGGGGCAAGAUUGUAGGCGUCGAGAGGAUUACAAGGAUGGGGCACGCCUAUGGGGAGGUUAUCAUUGAGGGGCAUACUGACGGCAGGAACGAUGGUGAUGGGGCGGUUGAGAGGUUUGUUAUACCGUUUAAGAAUGAGAAUGUUCUUGCGAAGAAAGUCGAUGCCAGUGGGAAGGAAGAUAUCCUCGCAAUCGUCCCAGAUCUAGUCUGCGUCCUCGACGCGCAGAACGGCGAGGCCCUCGGCACGCAAGAGUACCGCUACGGUCUCCUUGUGGUGGUGCUCGGCAUCACGGCGUCGGACAAGUGGACUUCCACGGCGCGGGGCAUCGAGAUUGGCGGACCCAAGGGGUUCGGAAUGGACGGGCUGGAAUAUGUGCCUCUUGGGACGUUUACGAAGCCUCGGAGCGUCAUUGAUGAGUUUGAGGGCUAG